CGGCGCCGCCGCGGGCGCGCUGGCGCACCGGCGCGCCGCGGCGCCGCGCCGCGGGUGCGGCGGCGCAGCCGCGCCCCCGCCCCACAUGCCGUCGAACGGCCGCCAAAGGGCCGCUGCAGCGCAGGGCGCGACACCGCAGGGCGCCGCCGAGCUGGCCGAGCGUGCUCUGGGCGCGGCCGCCGGCGGUGCAGACGCGGCUGCGCGGCGCGGCACCAGGCAGGCCGAGGGCCGCGCCGCCCGCGUGCUGCCGGGACGCCGGGUGAAGUCGUCCCGCGCGGCGGGCGGGGCGCUGGAGUCGGCUCGCGCGCUGCUGCGCGAGCGGCUGAACCCGCGGUGGCCAGAGCGCUCCCGCGAGAGGUUCCGGGCGGGGCGCGAAGCGCUGGACGGAGCGCUGCGGGAGCUGCCCGAGGCAAGGCGCGAGGAGGCGCUGGCGGCCGUGCGCUGCAUGGACGCGGGCUUCGACUUCGCCAAGGCCGAGGUCUGGAAGGCGCACCUGAUCGGAGUGCUCGGGGCCCUCGGCGAAGACGAGGGGCGCCUGGCGCGCGAGAGGGAGCUGCUGAGGAGGUACGCGGUGCGGGCGCGGCACCGCGCGCGGCACCUCGCGCGGUUGAAGGAGCAGGGGGUGCCGCCCGACGCGCCGCCCUCGCAGAAGCGGCCGCGGCGCGCGAAGCGCGACGGCAGAUCGGCUCCGGCCAGGUCGGCGCCCGCCCUGGCCGCAGCAGCAGCGCAGACGCCGCCGGUGGGCUCGGAGGCGCCGCCCGCGGCGGCGAGGGGCGCGGGGUCGGCGGCCGCGGGGGCG